UAGGAACUGCUUGAAUAUAAAGUUCUUUGUUGUGAAGCAUGGACUUACACUAACAGUUUGUUCUGAACUAACUUGAUGGUAUAUUAUAUCUUUUUACCUUAACCAAACAAGUUAGCUCAGUCUUGACAGUAAAGAGAGUUUUCGAGGAUCACCUCAAAAUUCUCUUUACUGUGAUGUUAAACUUUGUAGAUGCUGUAGACCUCGAAAAGUUGUUUCACAAGUCUUAUUCAUAUUUAAAUAUUUUAACAUUUGAUUACUCUGCAUGAAUUCUGAUGUCAGGUUGCUCCUUUACAAAUUGCAAUUCAAACAUUACCAGUAUAGAGUUGCAGAAAUAAAAUGGAACACAUAAAAAAAUAAAAGCUGCACUAGUUUACUUGUACCAAACCCCAGAAGUAUAGUUUCAUGUUUCAUAAUUACCUUCAGUUAAAUCUGACAUUGUAUAAUAAACUUAUUUUUUCUUUACAUUCCAGAAGAAUACAUUUUAGACAAAAGUGUAAAUAAUGUUAUGUAUAGAAGGCCGAGUUGCACUAGCUGCAUUUACAGUAUUUUCUCUUCUCUCAUGGUAUCAGUUGAAAAUCUUAUUUGGUAAUUAUUGGAGUUACAAGUAUUGCAUACUAACUUUUGGAUCAUCGAUAACUUGUUUAUUGUUACUUCCAUACAGUAGUAUCUUGAAGCGUGCUGCAUUACUUGGAACAUUUUUUGGUGGGUCAUUGAUUUUAAUAUUCAUAGCAACAUGUCCAUGGAAUGUUUUUGCUACAUAUGUAGCAUUCUUGACAUUUUUUCAUUUUUCGGAGUACAUCAUGACAGCACUAUACAAUGCAGACCGACUUAGUCUGGACUCCUUCUUACUAAACCAUAGUUUUGAAUAUCAAGUUGCUGCAGUGUUUUCGUGGAUAGAAUUUUCUAUUGAAGCAUGGCUUUUUCCCAAGAUGAAAUGUUAUUUGUUGAUUACUUUAUUGGGAUUUCUUAUGGUGUUUUGUGGUGAACUUCUCCGAAAGUUUGCAAUGAUGACAGCAAAGUCAAACUUCACACAUAUUGUACAAUCAGAGAAAAAUGAUGGACAUUCUCUGGUUACUGAUGGGAUUUAUAGUUGGACAAGACAUCCUUCUUAUGUGGGAUGGUUUUACUGGAGCAUUGGUACUCAAGUUUUAUUAGCGAAUCCAAUCUGCAUUGUUGGUUAUGCAAUUGCAUCCUGGAAAUUCUUUGAUGAGCGGGUAAGAGAUGAAGAAUAUUAUCUCGUGAAUUUUUUUGGUGAUAGUUACUUGGAUUAUAUGAGCAAAGUUCCAACAAGACUGCCAUUCAUACAUGGAUUGGAAAAAUAUUUAGACUUGCUUAAAAAAGAAAAUGCAAAAGACUUGUAACAGUUGUGUGUAUACAAUUUUUUAUAAAACUUUUAUGCAGCCACUAUUAAAUUUAUUGACAAUGAGUAUAUACCAUUCAUACGUAAUUUGCAGAAAUUUAAUUUUUGAAUAUUUCGCCAGUUUUUGUCAAAUUCACAAAAAUAUGUCCCUGUGAAAAAUAUUAGGUUAUUGCUAUUAACAAAAUUUAAACUUUGCUGUGUUUUUUUUUGUUUAGAAAAUGAUACAACUUUUUUAUAUAUAUAAACAUUGUCCAAAUUAAACAAUUUCCCCAAAAAUAAAUCAUAUUUUAAAUAAUCGCUAAACGAUUUGUUUGGGUCAAAUAAGUGAUAAAUAAUAGUAUAUAAAUGAUAUAAAUAUCUAAAUAAUUUCUUGGACGUUUUUUCCAACCAGCUAAACAAUGUUUGGUGUAAAGUGAAAUGUGAUUUAUGUUGUUAAUAUAUUUAUAUAUAGUGAAAAUAAUCUUAAAACUUUGU